UCAAGCCGGGAAACCAUUUAGUAUAACCUUCUAGUCUCUCGCUCUGACCCAAAAGUCUUGAGAAUCUCUCUCUGAGAGAUUGUGAAUCACUCCGAAGUGAAAGAAUUUACUUUCCAUCUGUGCUCUUCAAGAAACAUAAGAUGGAUCGAUAUUGGGUUGGUUUCCUUCUGGUGUUUUCAUGUCUUGUUGGAGCCUUAGAGGCCAGUGCUGGGGAUUCUGAUCCCAUUUACAGGACUUGUGUUGGACAAUGUGAAAAAUCUGGAUGUGUUGGGCAAACAUGCUUUUCACACUGCAAUUUUUCUUCUGAUGGUGUCUCCAUUGAUGGUCCGUGGUACAAGCAAGAACCUCUUUACUUGCAAUGGAAACAAUGGGAUUGCCAAAGUGAUUGUCGUUAUUAUUGCAUGCUGGAUAGAGAGAAAGAAAGAGAAGCACUUGGUCAUGGUCCUGUCAAGUACCAUGGUAAAUGGCCCUUCAAGCGUGUAUAUGGAAUUCAGGAGCCUGUUUCUGUUGCUUUCUCUGCCCUUAACCUUGCAAUGCAUUUCCAUGGUUGGCUAUCCUUUUUCAUUCUUCUCUACUACAAGUUGCCUCUGAAACAAGAUAAAAAGGCCUACUAUGAGUAUGCCUCUUUGUGGCAUAUCUAUGGGCUCUUAUCAUUGAACUCCUGGUUCUGGAGUGCUGUUUUCCAUAGCCGGGAUGUGGACUUGACAGAAAAGUUAGACUAUUCUUCUGCAGUGGCAUUUUUAGGGUACUCGCUAAUUAUGUCUAUAUUAAGAAGUUUCAAUGUGAGGGAUGAAGCUGCAAGAGUCAUGGUUGCCGCACCACUACUUGCUUUUCUGACUACUCAUAUACUGUUCAUCAACUUCUAUAAACUAGACUACGGGUGGAACAUGCAAGUUUGUGUUGUGAUGGCAGUUGCUCAGCUUCUCCUGUGGGCGAUUUGGGCUGGUGUCACAGGCCAUCCUUCUCGCUGGAAGUUGUGGGUAGUAGUAAUUGGAGGUGGCCUGGCAAUGCUCUUAGAAAUCUAUGAUUUCCCUCCAUAUGAAGGAUAUGUGGAUGCCCAUGCGCUUUGGCAUGCUACCACAAUCCCUCUUACCUACAUUUGGUGGAGUUUCAUAAGGGAUGAUGCCGAGUUCCGCACCUCUAAUCUCCUUAAGAAGGUUAAGUAGCAUGUAGUAAAACAAACAGGCAAACCUAUUUGACCUUUUCUUAGACCUGGCAGCAAAGUUUGAUAGUUUAGAGGGUUCGGCAUAUUUUGUCUGUGUUGUAGUCUUCUCUCCUUUUCUGGUGAAAGAUUCAAGUAGCAGGAUGGGAUUCUGUAGUAGAGCAUGAGCUUGUGCAGAUCUUCCUAAUCUUUUUCUUUCUUUUUUCUUAUUUUCAUGGAGGAUUAUCUCAAAGCAUCGCACUAUUACAUAAGGAUGUUACCCCCUGUAUCCCAUACUUUGGUCUCCUGCAUCCUUGUGUAUCAAUGCUUAGGUUUUGUUUUCCGAACGUGCAUGUUGAUCUGAGAUCCCUGUCACUUGAAAAAAAGAUUAAUUGUCAUUUGAA